CAUGGAGUGCACUGUAAAAAUCAGAACACCUUAUAUCUGGCCCUUUCCACCAUCAUCAUGGAUACAGAGGCUAGUCACAUGCUGGAGGCAGCCCUGGAGCAGAUGGAUGACAUAAUUGCAGGUUCCAAAGCAGCAGCGGUGGAGUUUUCUAACAGGAUGUAUGAGCAGGGUUCCCCCGUCAGUGGCGCUCCCCUUCAGUUAGCUGAGGAGCUCAAACUUGCCUUGGAGCUCCAACAAAACCAGGAGGAGAGAGACAGCCUGAGAGCACAGCUGCCUGCAGGAACAGCACAACUUCUCAUAGACUGGUUGCAGACUGGAACUGCGAAACACUGUUCUUCAGCCAACCAUGAAACCUACCAAGAACGACUGCUCCGCCUAGAAGGAGACAAGGAGUCUCUGGUGCUACAGGUGAGCAUUCUGACAGACCAGGUGAAGGCCCAGGGAGAGAAGAUUAGAGACCUAGAAAGUUCUCUGGAGGAACACCGGCAAAAGUUGGCCUCUACAGAGGUGAUGCUGCAACAGGAGCUGAUGAGCAGGACCUCUCUAGAGACUCAGAAGCUGGAUCUGAUGGACGAGGUGUCCUUCCUGAAACUGAAGCUGGUCAGCAUAGAGGAGACAUACACCAACACACAGCAACCAGAUCCCACCGACACAGAGCAGAACAAAGCCGAGUGUGUGGUAAAUCUCAUCAGUGAUCUUCAAGAGCAGAUGUGCAGGUUUCAGGAAGAGAUCAGCACUCGUAUUCAGGAGAAACGGGCACUGGAGGAGAGGGAGGCCCAGCAGGGGGAACCCAGAGGCAGCGACCCCCCGGGCCGCAGCCUGGGGGCCGGGUCAGUCAGCUCAGACCUGAGCCUGGCUGCCUCCGACCCCCUGAGGCCCGAUGGAGGACAGAAUGUACACGAUUUGCUUCAAGAGGUAAAGCAGCUGAAGAGAGAAGUGGAGGAUUUGCAGGGCGAGAAGGGCCAGUAUGAGAGAAAACUCAGAGCCACAAAGUCGCUCAUGAGCCAGCUGUCCAGUCUGCAGCUGAAAGUGGAGCACAUGCAGCUGGAGAAGCAGCAGUGGGAGGAGAGCUGCCGCCGUGCACAGGCUGACAUAUCAGAGCUGCAGCAACUCCUGGCCUCCAAAGACGCUGAGAUCGAAUAUCUGCAGACACAACUGAUGGCAAGAGCUGACGAAAACACAGAGAGAGACCAGGAAUACCAGAGGCUGAAGGUUGGGAUGGAGUCUUUGUUAGCUUCAAAUGAUGAAAAGGAGCGACGUAUAGAGGAGCUGACCAUUCUGCUUGGCCAAUACAGAAAGAUGAGGGAAGUCAUGGCACUCACACAGGGGAGUAGUGAUGUGGAUCUAAGUGGCAGUUCAGGAGUCAGAGCCUUCACACAUAAAGCACACUCUGAUAUUGUCAGGUCACAGAUGUCAUCGCUGUCAUCUUCUCCAUUUGUGCUAUCUUCUUCCCCCUACCAGAGAGGAUUUGAUUCUAGUAUCCAUGACUCUCUGGACACAUCACUGGUGUCCACUGGGGAAACAAGCUUUUGUAAUGGGUCAUGGCAUCAACGCAGGUUGCUUUCCAGCAGUCUUGAAGAAUUGCAGAGUGGAUCAUUACAAAAGAAUCCUCACAUGGAGCUGAGCAAGUACCAGACUCUGCCGGGGAAACUCAUGAUAAAUAAGAGAGAGCAGAGAGCCAGGAAGCAUGGCGACAGAGAGGGAGAAGAAGAGUAUUUGUCUCCUGUCCUGCAGGAGGACUACGGUCUCAGAUCCCCCGGAAAACAUGACCACUGUGAUAUUGAUCAACCAGAAAAACUUAAGGAGUGUGUUCUGUCAGAUCAGUCCCCCCUUUCCUCUGGAGUGGACUCUGGACAGCAAUCUCCUGUCUCACCAGAGAACAGGAAGAGUCAGAGAGGCAUUAGGAAACUCUGGGGGAAGAUGCGUCACAGCCAAUCAGGCAGUCCUGCCCAGGGUCACGACCCCGAGCUGGGAGAGCUCAAGAGGGGGGGUUUCCGAGCUACAGCUGGACCAAGACUGGCCCGUUCAGGGAACCCACGAGAUCUGAAGAUGCCUUUUUGUAAGUGGAGCAAAGAGCAGGUGUGUGACUGGCUGGAGGAAAUUGGACUCGGCCAGUAUGGCGUCCUCGCUUGCCAUUGGGUCACCAGUGGUGAUACUCUACUGUCUUCCACCAUGCAAGACAUAGAGAAGGAGCCGGCGAUAAAGAAUCCGCUCCACAGGAAAAAGCUCCAAUUGGCCAUCAAGACGAUCAGCAGCAAACAGCCUGAUAAGUCUGCAGAGCUCGAUUACAUCUGGGUCACUCGUUGGCUUGAUGACAUCGGGCUCCCUCAAUACAAAGACCAGUUUAAUGAAGGCAGAGUUGAUGGGCAGAUGCUGCAGUUCCUCACUGUGAAUGAAUUGUUAUUCCUUAAAGUGACCAGCCAGCUGCAUCACCUCAGCCUCAAGAGUGCCAUUCAUGUUCUUCAUGUCAACAAGUUCAAUUCCAACUGCCUCAAACGCAGGCCCAGCAAUCAGAACCAGUUGGCUCCAAGUGAGGUUGUCCAGUGGUCCAACCACAGAGUCAUGGAGUGGUUAAGAUCUGUGGACCUGGCAGAGUACGCUCCGAACCUGAGGGGCAGUGGCGUGCAUGGAGGGCUGCUAAUGUUGGAGCCUCGGUUUAACCCAGAAACGCUGGCCAUGCUGCUAAACAUCCCACCGGAGAAAACACUGUUGAGACGCCACCUAACAACCAACUUUAACAACCUGGUGGGAGCAGAGGCUCAUCUCGAGAAGAAGGUGUACACGGAGGCAGUGGGGAACACCCCACUCAGCAUCACAGCUAAAGUCAAGCCAAAGAAGUUGGGCUUCACUAACUUGACUCAUCUCAGGAGGAGACGGCCAGAUGAAUCCAAAGACUACGUGUGUCCAAUAGAGUUGUCCUUGCCUCGGUCAGGAGUGCCUGCAGUGAACGAUGAAGUGCAGGUGCAGCCCUAAGCUGGCUUCAUGGAUCUGAGCGCAGUCCUGGACCGAGAGUCAGACUGCCCCAGGGCCCGGGUUGGGAUGGACGAGAGCAGAGAUGAUCAAUUGCCAAGAAAACAGUUGUGACAGCAACAUUACCAAAGCUCUUUCUAUCAACCAUCAGCCGUCACUGCUUCUGCUCGGCUUUCUCUGCUUGCCAAUAAUACCUCAGCCUCCUCCUCCCUGCUCCUCUGAACCCCACCCUGUGCCUUACUAGCAGUGUUGGGUGUAACGCGUUACAAAAGUAACGGAGUUACAGUAAUAUAUUACUUUUACUUUUUUACUGUAACGAAGUAAUGUAACGCAUUACUAAUUAAAUGUGGGUAAUAUAUUACCCGUUACAAUGCGCAGUAACGCAUUUUAACCCGAAAUUAAAUGGUGUUUUGUUUUUUAAGAAUGUACUAACAUAGCGAGACAUUCCGACACCGGAGACAAAUUGUGCGGGUAGAUUAGUAAACCUGGUGUUUACCCUUCAGGCUUCGCGUC